AGGUCGUCCGGGUGACGCCCAGGUCCCGGAUCUAACGUUCCGCGAGGCGGCGCCAUGGCGUUACCGGAGCCGGCGGGGACUGCGCUGCAGAACGCCAUGAAGAUGGCGAGGGUGGCGAUCCAGCUGGACACCGACUGCCGGCUGAAGGAAGCUUAUUGCGAAUACCUUAAGAGUAUACACUUUAUCUCCCAAGCUUUGAUAGAAGAUGCCCAAAUAAAAGAUGAGAGAGAGCUGGUAACACCUGAAGUGCAGAAAAUGCUAAAAUUGGCAGACCAGUGCUUAGAGAGGAUUAAAACCACAGCUGCAAAACUUGGUGCAGUGGAAAGGCAGCCUGCAGCAAGCCAAGUCACCAAGCCCUCAUAUACUCCAAGUCAUCGUAGAGUCGUCUCGGAUGGGGGUGGCACCACUACAUCACUUUUGCCUCCUGAAGUCUUUGAAAAAAAGCAAAUUCCAGAAACAUUCAUUACAAAAAGAGAACUUACGCCAUUGGAAGAAGCUUCAAGACAGAACCAGAAGUUAAAAGCUGCUUAUGAGGCACGGAUGGCACGGUUAAACCCUAAUCAGGGUAUACAGAAAACAUCACUGACCUUAUCUCUCCAGCGGCAGAUGAUGGAAAACCUGAUCAUUGGACAGGCAAGGCAGGCAGCGCUGCAAAGAAAGAUGGAAGAACGACGGCUGAGACUUCAAGAAGAAGCCAACAGGAGGUUUUCAAACAGCACCAUAUUGACCCCUGAGAAGGAGGAGCAGAGAAAUGUGUACGCGAGCAUUUUAGAGUUUGAGCAGGACCAUGAGUGGCCCAAACAAUGGAAAAUGAGAUUGAGAUCACAACCUAAUGAUCUCGUGCUGGUGGCAGGUCUUGUAUCGCAAAUACUGAGCUGUUCAGAGCAUCCAAUCGCACAACUACUGAAGAAGCUACAGUGCAGGAUUUACAGCAAGCUCUACCCGAUUGUGAAGUCACAGUUUUCAGAUCUGGCGGGCAUUACUGAACUGUGUCCAGGUACUGCAUUGUACUCCUUCCAUGCCCAGUGUCCACUGAAGACGGAUGUAGCAUCCUCAUUUAACAGAGGCAGCAGAUUAAAGUCUUCGAAAAGUGCGUGUUGUUUGGGCUCUAUUCAAGAUCAGAAUAAAUUAAAUUCUGGUGAAUUAAGACACAGUUCCUCUGUCAGCACAGUGGCAUUAAUUGAACAUGGUAACGCAACCUCAGAUACUAGCAGUCAGAGUGGACAAGGAGAAGAUGCUGCAGGUCGACAGAUCAACCCAGCAGCGACUGAUGGGACAGAUCCAAUGGUUGACAAGAAUAGCCCUUUUGAAGAUUUGGAACACUACGUAACAAAGUUUGAGCCACAACCGGGAAACGAUAGAGACAACUCAACACUACUGACCAAUACUGAACAUCAUCAAAUGGAAGAUAUUGAACUGCAAAAUCACCUGAAGGAUAUUGUUACUGAUGUGCAUAAUUCAAUAGACAAGUUACUGUCCUUGUGUAUUCUGGCUUUUGAACCUCUCAACACUGCGACAGGCAAAGACCAGUGUCUGGCCAGCAUCGAGGAGACUUUGUUCCAGCCUAUCUGGGUGUUCCUUUUGGCUCUCUUUAGAAGAGUGAAUACACAGAGAGAAAUGGCACUCGACAAAAGCAUGCAGUUGUACAUGUCAGCUGGGCCAGCAGAUAUUGGGGUUACGGCUAAACUCUUCCCCAAGGAAUCCGCCUCCUCAAAUGAUUCCUAUCCAUAUGAAGUAGCGGUAAAAGAAUUGAGGUCAAUAACCAAAGAAUAUUGUCCACAAAAAAAACUCGAAUGUAUUGUGCGAACACUUCGUCUUAUCUGUGAAUGUGCUGAAUAUUAUUGCAACUCUAAUGAAGCUGGUGCAAUCCAUGUUACUUCUGCAAUUGGGGCCGAUGAUCUGCUGCCCAUUUUAUCGUACGUGGUGCUGAAGUGCGACAUAACGCAGCUUGUGUCUGAGUGUGCGGCAUUGGAAGAGUUUAUUCAUGAGGGGUAUUUAAUUGGUGAAGAAGGAUACUGCUUGACAUCGAUGCAGAGUGCUCUAUCAUAUGUGGAAUCUUUAUCCAAAGCCUGAAUCCUGUCGAUUACGUCCAUAUAUUUGCAGAGAAUCUUCAAGAUGGCUUCUUGUUCCGCUCCCUAAAGACUAUUUUUAUAUUUAAUUCUCAGGUGGAAUGUAGUUUUCAAUUGAAAUAUAAAAUGGUAUGAUAUUUGGGACAAACAUUUUGAUGUUGUCCAGACAUUGUAAAAUUAUCUAUUUGUGUGAGCAUGUAUUGAAAUAGUAUGAUUGGUUGAAGGUAAUAAUAAGGGAUCACACAGAUAUAAAAGUUGUAUAUUCUAUGCUAAUGUUGGACAAGACUACUACCCACUGCACUAGAACUGGUCAACUACACACCCAAUCCUUCACUAGUAUGAGUAUUGCAAUUUCUGUUCAUUAUUUUGGAUGUUGGACCUUUGCCUCGACAUAUAAUAUAUUGAAAUCAAAUCUUUAGAAUAUUGUUGAUUUUAUAUUGGUUGAAGUUUUAAGUCAAUAGAUUUUCUUCUAUUGUAUAUAAUGUUUCUUUUAAUUUAAAAAUAAAAGGAGUUGUAAAUCCAUAUUUCAAUGCUAAUUUACAAUUUUUUUGGUGAAGACCUAAGAAAAUAAGAUUUGCCAGUCUUACUAACUUGGAAAUGUUGUUCCUAUACAUAAUGAAUGUUCUAAGUUUCUGAUCAUUUUAAAUAUUACUCUUUUGUUUUUUCCACUAUUUUCUUCUGUAAAUGUGUAUAUGCAUACAUGCAAAAAUCCAAUGCAAAGCAUAGAUUGUUGCCAUUGUAAAAAUUAUUUAUUGUAAUUUGGCUAGAAAUGUAAAGGUAAGCCAAGGAUAGAGGAGAAAAGUAAUUGCUAAAUAUCUUUGGACUGUAUUUUGUGUAAUUUUAUGUCUUGGAUCGUACAAUUUUUUGAAAAGUUGGCAAAGCAUAGUGCCGCUUACGUGGAACAGUUAUAUUGAGGUGACACAGUGCUGAGGUUUCUGUUUUCUCUUACUUUGCUGUUCGUUACAUGAUGGGAUAUUGUUGCAUGAAGUAACUACUUGAUUGUUGACCAUUUUUCUAUUGACAUUUUACAAAAUGUUAGAUUUCAAAAUGAAAUACACAGCAGGAAUUUCAGCAUGUAAAAAAAAAUAUAUAGAAUGACGAUAAUGUUCAGCACAAUCAUUAUUUAUUGGAUCUGAUAAAAAAUCAUAACAGGUCCAUUUAUUUAAACUGUGAGUGUUAAGGAUAUUGAAAGAAGUGAGGGACAUGCUGCAAAAUGACACUGAGGAAUAAGAGCAACCACGACCCAAAUGAGUGGCAGUUGCUGGGAAAGCGUCAAACGUUACGGGACAUAUAUCAGAAAAAAUAAUGCUAACCUCUUCACCAUCCUUUGUACAUCAUUGACUACACACUACAGCAUUCAUAUUCAGAUUCAGCAAUGCCAGAUUUACACUUUAACCAGUCAUGGUGAUCUGAUUGUGUAAUGAGGUUGGAUAUACCAAAGCAAAACACAAUUGUGAUGGAGUCAACUCAGUGGAUCAAGCAGCAUUUGAGUAGGAAAUGGAUAGGUGACACUUUUUCAAAUGUACAAAGUUUUUGAUGGCAUAAUUUGAUGGCAGCGCAGUGGCGCAGCAGUAGACCUGCUGCCUCACAGUGUCGGAGACCCGGGUUUCAUACUGACUAUGGGUGCUGUCAGUGUGAAAUUUGUGCGUUCUCCCUGUGACCACGUAUGUUUUCACAGAGUGCUUCGGUUACCUCCCACAUUCCAAAGACAUGCAGGUUAAUUGCCCGUUGUGUAUAGCAUGUGAAAGUGGAAUAAUAUAGAGUUUGUGUCCAGGUGAUUGUUAGUCGGAGUGGACUCAGUGGGCUGAUAUAAACUAAUUUUUAGAGCUUUUAGAUAUUGUGCGUGCUUUAUUUUAAUGCUUAAUUAUUUCAGGUAACGACCAGAGGAAAAUUACGAUUGCGUUAAAGGCUCCUCUGCCUUGAUUCACUCAAUGCAUAAGUAAGAUAAAAUGAAGGGAGGUUGUUUAGGAAUCUAUUAAUGAGCGACCCCAUAAGAUGGGAUUCUUAAUGUAUCUCAAAGAACCAGCUUCCUGGAAAAUAGAAAUGCAGACUGAACUGCCAGGGCAAGCCUUAGACUACCAGUGCCUCCUUAUUGAGGCCAAGACUGAGCUCCUGGCACGUCUGAGAUCCUCUUUGUGGCUAAUACAGCCACCGAGAUAAGUCCAAAACAGCCAGCUCCUCCUUCUUUGCCAAGACUGAGCUGCCAGGACAAGCCCAAGACUGCCAGUUCGUCCUCACCUGAUGGCGCGUCCCCACAUGGAACCGGACCUUCUUGUCACUAUCAUCCUUCAUAAUGAAUAAACCUUUUCACGUAAGUUCACCCGACCACCAGAGUAUCGGUGUAGUCAUUGUCGACCCGGCAUCAUCUGCGAGCCCACACCAAUGAAUAAUGUAAAAUCAUAGAUAUUAUAAAUGCUGUAAUGAAUAGGUUUGAGUCAGAAGAAAUGUCCUGAUGUAGGAUUUGUCCCAAUACGUCAACAUUUCCUUUCCCCUGACAGAUGCUGCUCAACCUACUGGGUUUCUUCAGCAGAUUGUUUGUUGCUUGAGGAACAUAUUUCCUAUUCUGCCAAUAAUUUGGCAAAAAAUGAUGACAGCUCUGCUGGGUAAGUGACAACCAAAUAUUGAUAACCUUUAAACAGUAAUUAAAAUCAGUUGCGCUCUGGUCAAGAGUCAAAAAGUCUUUUGUGUGCAGACCACAGAACAAUGAAGUUGUUACUUAGUUGCUGAAGUUAGUGUUGUCUAGUGUUCAUGAAGCUGAUAGUUGCAGUGAAGCAACUGUUCUUCAACCCGGUUCAGGCUCCUGUACCACAUUUCCAGUGGUAAUGGUGAAUUGAGAGCGUGGCCAGGGUGGUGUGUGAUAUUAGGGCUAUUGGCUGCCUUUAUGAGGCAGCACCAAUUCAAUGGUGCGAAGGUCACCACCCUCGACACUUGGAACAGAAAAUGAUACUAUUUUCUUAAUCCAAAGAAUUUAAUUUUAAUCGUAAACAUUUACAGUCAGAAUAUGUAUCAUUGAUCCAAAAUCAACGUGGCCUCGGAGACUUGUAAGAUGAGGAAGAGUUAUCGUUGAUUUCCCAUUAUUCCCCAACUAAUAAUUAUGUUUGAACUAUCUUCAGAGUGGGCUGCAUUCAAGGUCAUAGAACCCUGCCUGCUCUUUGCACGGGGGACCAGGCGUCUUUCCUGCUGUACAUCAAUUGUAUCUGAGCUGGUAAUCCACUAUUUGCUGACUGAGGUUGUCCGGUGUUGAGCCCAAUCCCAAUCCCUCAGACUGUGAUAGAAUUAUUAUCGCUGUUAGGAUGCUACAAUUGAGCAAGUUUAUCUGCUGCCAGGUCAUGUGUACCCUGAUGGUCAUCAACCACGUAUUGGACGCUGAGCCUUUGUUCAGAGAGCCUUUCUGCAAUAACUCGUGAAUCUUAUAUCUUUCUACCCCGAGACGAGAUACCUAAAGCAGCAUGCCUUCCUGCGCUAAAAUAAUUAGUGCUCAUCUUCAUUUUUUGUAACAUGAGUUAGCUAUGUCAAGAAAAUUAUUUUAACAAAACCAAGUGUAACUCCAGUAAAAUGUUACUGGAUAUCACUCAGCUGAACCUGGGAAGGUUGUGCUUCAAUUAAAUUGUUUGUUUUUUUUAUUCUGAAGAACAAACAGAAUUUAAAUGACCUCCCACUUGAAAAAUAAAUUGAUAAAUUAAAUUCUAAAUGAGGCAAUUAUCAUUUCUAAAUGUAAGCUAAAAGUGAGUGGAUGAUAUGAUAUGAUGUUUUUGAAUGUGUGAAAUAUUUUUGAUAAUUAACAUGAAUGGUAAUUUAAUAACACAUACUCGUUAUAUUAUUGAAAGGGCCAGGGGGAUAAUAAAAGGCAAGUGCAGCCGUUGUGGAAUUAUGCUGCAUGUAAUAGCAUUGACAUUAGUUGGUUAGUCACUUGAGGUGGCCGUGGGUUUGUAGAUGUGCAAUGUUGUUGUUUAAGUAGUUACAUUCCAGAUCGAUCAGUUUUAACUUUUAUCUGACCAAGUAAAACCAGCAAGGACUAUAUUUACCAUUUUAUUGUACUUCAUUGAUAAAAGGGGUUGGAUUUUAAGUGUGAUUUAUUAAUUACAUGGAACAUGCUUGCAGAUCAUUUUUAAAAACCGCACCAUAAAGGAGCGAUCCUUAUCUUUUGUUGGUUACUUACAGAAUCAUGUGUUUGGAUGAUUUAUAUUAAAAUGGGAUCUGUUUUUGCAUUUUUCUCCUGUCUUUGGUCACUGAAAAUGAUUGUUUAGUUCAGUUUAGUUUAGAGAUACAGAGUGGAAAUAGGCCCUUCGGCCCACCGAGUCCGCACCGACUAGUGAUCCCUGCACAUUAGCGCUAUCCUACACACACUAGGGACAAUUUUACAUUUAUACCAAGCCAAUUAACCUGCAAACCUGUACGUCUUUGGAGGGUGGGAGGAAACUGAAGAUCUCGUAGAAAACCCACGCGGUCACGGGGAGAACAUACAAACCCCGUACAGAUGGCACCCGUAGUCGGGAUCGAACCCAGGUAUCUGGCGCUGUGAGUGCUGUAAUGCAGCAACUCUACCGCUGCGCCAUCAUGCCGCCCAGUUUCUUUUCAGUUCUCUAUUCAAUUUCCAGUGAUGAAGAAGAACCUGCUUCUGUUCAGAUCAAUUUACUUUACAUAGUCCUGGAAUUUCAUGAUUAUGCUCCAGGAACCUUCAUACAUUUAGAAAUGUAACUUCAGUGAUUACUGUUUGAGUUUGUUGAAAUUGUGCUCACUAUUGAAUUAAAGUUGCUAUUGUAUGGUUUUCUGUAUAAAUAAAAUGGUUUAAAUUAUAAUUGCUUUGUUUUAAUGAAAUCAUGUGAACAUUUUAGCAUAAAUAGGCCCAUUACUAUGAACUAUAUUUUAGAAGUAAAAAUAAAAUAAAUAUUUUUGGAAAGCUUGUACCAUUGAAUAAUGAGUUACAAUAUUUUAAACAAUCUUCAAAAUUGAGGUUUUGUAUUAAAAUCCAAACUGCUUGAAAAGAAAA